UUGAGAUUAAAAAAGGAGUGGAAUAUGUUUGAAAGGCUAUUAGAAACACGUAGAGAUGGGAAACACGGUGUUACAAAAAUGUAUAGAAUACUCACAGAAUUAGACACAGACACAAAGUUAAUUUUUAUAACAAACUGGGAAAGAGAUAUGGAGGUGGUGAUAGAUGAAGAUCAACGGAAUAAGAUAUUUAGAUUAGUUCACGAGAGUGUUAGUAUGAGAGAAGUUGAGAUUAACUAUAAAUGUUUGACACGAUGGCAUAUUACACCGAGCACUGAACACAGGAUGAGGGGGGAGAAUUCAAAAAUGUGUUGGAGAGGGGUGUGGGGAAGAGGGCACGGUGUUCCACAUAUGGUGGCAAUGUCCAAAAAUUCAGGUUUUCUGGAAGACAAUAGUCAAUUUAAUAGAAAUAAUAACUGGAAAUUACAUAGGAUUAGACACCAUGUGUCUCCUACAUAAUGUUGAGACA